AUGGGGUCAUUUAAGGUUGUCUUUUAUACCAAAGGGUCAUUCGUAAAGGAUGAAGGAUUAAAAUACGAAAGGGGUGAUGUUUACGUUGGUAUGGAUUUAUCAUUUAAAACUGAAGAUGUGAAAAUAUGGUGGAAGUCUGAACAUGGCUCACUUGAAAAUGAUCUAAAAUCCCUUGUUAAUGAUGAGGAUGCAACAAUGUUAGCUAAGUGUGUUGAGGAAAGUAAGUGUGAUGUUGAGAUAUAUACAAAGGUAAGAUUAUCUAGUGGUGAGAAGACUUAUAUGGAGAGGUUAAAAGAGAAAGAAAAAGGCCACGUUAAUGUUGAGGAAAAUGAAGGUGACGAGGACAGUGAAUCAUCUGAAGACUCUUUGAAUGGAAUACACUUUGAAGAUAGUGAAUAA